AUGGAUCCUAAGAAUAGCCCAGAUAUCUUGGACUCGAAAAAGAUUCUCAUCUCUGGGGGCACCGGAUUUGUUGGGUCUGCAACGGUGCGCGCCCUCGCAGAAAAGCAUCCCUGUUGCGCCAUCACCGUCAUCGACCGCAGUCCCCCACGCCCCCAACAUGCACUACCAGAGGGCAUUGCAUGCAUGCAAGUUGAUGUGACCUCGGCUUCCGAGGUUAGCAAGGCAUUCGAGAAGGUUCAGCCGGAUAUAGUAAUCCACACGGCUGGUAUUAUCCCAGCGCUGGCUGACCGGUUCGAUCGGAGGUUGGAGACGGAGGUGUGGAAGACCAACGUCGUUGGAACCCAGAAUAUGCUGGAUUCAGCCACAGAAAAUGGGGCCGAUGCAUUCAUCUAUACCAGCACCUGCUGCGUGGUGACGGACGAUAUGCGAUCAUCCUAUGCCAACAUUGACGAGCGGUGGCCCACAUCGCCAAAUUCCCUGAUUUACGGCGAAUCUAAGGCUACGGCAGAGGCUCUUGUUCUCCAGGCAUCCAGCGACAGAAUGGCCACUUGUGCCUUACGCCCCUCUGUGCUCUGCGGACCAGGUGACUGCCAGUUGGUGCCAGCAAUUCAUGCAUGCAUUGCCAAGUCCGAGACCCCGUUUAUUAUUGGCACUGGACAGAACUUGUGGGAUGUCACCCAUGUGAGCAACGUCGCCGAUUCGCACGUCCUAGCUGUGGAGAACUUGAUGACCUCUCGUACAGCGGCUGGUGAGGCGUUCUUUAUCCAAAAUAAUGAACCCAUCACUUUUCGGGAUUUUUGUCUGGCAGUAUGGGCGCAAUUCGGGCAUGUGCCGCCUUUCGAGAUUCGAAUCCCGGAAGGAUUAGCGUGGUUUGCAGGAUUGGUCUGUGAAAUCGCCACCUGGGUGACUGGGACCACCACCACUUUGAGUCGAGGAAGUGUACGGGAUGCAUGUGCCGUGCGGUAUGCUAGCGGAGAUAAGGCUAGAGAUAUCCUGGGGUACGAGGCUCGCAUUGGCAUUGAGGAUUCUAUUCGUUUAAGCUGUGAGGAUUAUGCUCGUCGUAUCGGAGUAGAAAUCCCCAUCUCAAGCCAAUCAGGGAACCCAGAUACCAAUCAUGUCAUUGACAGUUAA